AUGGUGUGGCUAGGUGUAUGUAGUGAAGGAUUGUCGGUGCCGGUGAUUUUUGAAGAUGGAUCAAUGGAUGCUCAACGAUAUAUCGAUGAAGUUCUUCCAAUAGCUCUAGAAUGUGGCAGCGAAAUGUUAGGAGAACAUUGGAUGUAUCAACAAGAUGGUGCAAGACCUCACACACAUUAUCUCAGUCAAAAAGGGUGCAUCGAUCAUUUUCCUUCGUUUAUUUCCAAAGAUCGAUGGCCUCCUAAUUCGCCGGAUUUGUGUCCAUUUGACUACAGUUUAUGGAAUGAAUUGGCUAAAUUAAUGAACUGGAAGAAAAUAACAACAAAAGAAUUAUUGGUGCAAGAAAUAAAACAUUCCGUCAAGGAAAUUGAAAAAGAAAAAAUUUAA